GCUCUCGUACCGGACAGUCGAUUGAGCAAAAUUUCAAUUUAUUUUUUUCUUUCUGACAAUAAUUAAUUCUUCAAGUUAAAUAAUUUUAAAUUUCCAUUAAAAAAAAAAUAAUUAUAAUAAUUGUGAUUUAAUGUUAAUAUAAUUUUUUUUAAAUACAUUUUUCGUACAUCAAAAGAGUGAAUUUUUUGUUUAUUUUUUAAUUAGUGAAAAAAAACCGCAGACGAAGAAUGUGAAAAACAACAAAAACAAAAAAUCACUGCAAGCAAAAAAUAAAGGGAGAAAGAUAUUUUUGUUUUUCAUUGGAAAAUUAUGAGUUGUGAAAUGUUGAAGAAAAUUUUGGCUUUUGAUAAAAAAAUGAUGGAAGGGAUUAAUUUAGAAAGCAAUAAACUCGCACAAAUGUCGAAUUCAAGGUGGUAAAGAUGCUUGUCGAUGAGUGCGGAGGUGGUAUGGGAUGGUCGAGUGUUCGUGGGGGUUGGUCGACCCCCGGGGGAUGUGGAAAUUCCGCCAUGAGCUUCGCGGGAAGUGUCCCGUCUCUACAUCCAACAGGAUCGAUUAGAUCACUACGAUCCCAUCAUUCCGCCAUGGCACCACCCGAGACACCACGGCGCUGUUUGCACUGUCAUCCAGUUCAUAUGUCCACACCGAACAAUUACGUACAACAUCCUGUGCAAUAUUAUACACCAAGUCGUUGUGCUGAUAGGCAAAAUGGUACCUACGUACCACAACGGAACUCCUAUCAUGGAGACCCUCGACCGCGUUAUAAUGUAGAUUCGGAGGAUAGUGUUGGAGGCAACACGAACUGGGUUCUUGGUGAUUUGCGUAGCCUUCAUCGUUGUGUGCCAGCUCUUCGUCGAACAGGUAUAGACGUGGCUGGUAUUCAAACACAUUUCUAUCCCGAGGGUGGCUGGGGUUGGUUGGUGUGUGCCGCGGGCUUUCUGGCCCUGUUGCUUACUACUGGAAUGCAACUUGCCUUUGGUGUUCUCCAUCUUUAUGCUGCUCGACACCUCGGCGAACUUCAUCUAAUGGAUAUAGCUUGGGUUGGAGCUUUAAGUGCCGCAGUGUCACGUGGUUCGGCGCCUCUGGUUGUUGGUGCAUGUCGUCGUGGUAGCACCAGACUCAUCGCAGUGAUUGGUGGACUCGUUUUAGCCUUGGCAUCUCUUUUCACAUCGUUCGCUCUUCAGAUGCAUCAGGUUAUAUUAAGCUAUGGUCUGGUGUUGGGAGCGGGAGCUGGAUUGGUAAAGGAAACAGCGGGUCUAGUGCUGGGUCAUUACUUCAGGAAACGGCUCGAAUUUGUUGAAAUGAUAGUGCAAGCUGGAACGGGCGUAGGGAUAGUACUCUUCAGUGUUUUCUACAAGGAGGCUGUUGGAAAAUUAGGUUGGAGGCAUGGACUACAGUCUGUGACUGGUGCACUUACAGUGACAUUUUUCUUGGGCUUAAUUUAUAGAAGCGCAUCACUAUAUCAUCCACAACGUCGUGCAAUUGUACAUCUUAAAAAUCAGAAAAGUAAACUUCGCGAAAAAAAAUCAGCGACUAAAGCACCACAACGUUUGGUCGAUCUGCGUCCAUUAAGUUGUCGUCCUGUUAGAAUGCUCAUGUUGGCAGCAGGAUCAGCUGCUUUUGGUCUUUAUACACCUGCUUUUUAUAUUGCAUUACAAGGAUACCAAGAAGGGUUGGAAGCUAGUGCCUUGGUUCUGUUGCAAACUUGUUUGGGCUUGGCAGCCGCAUUGGGUUGUGCUGCAUGGGGAGUCGUUACAGCCAGACCAUCUGCUCAAUGCCUGGUAUCCCGACAAUAUCUUUGCCAAGUAGCACUUCUUGGCGUUGCAAUAGCUCAAGUUGCACUUGGUAGUGUGCAAGGCUAUCAUGGAAUGGUACUGGCAUGUGGUCUCUAUGGUGCAUCACUUGGUGGUGCAUUAUAUUCUUUAAAAAUGUUAGCCCUCGAGAGAUUACGGUCCAGUCAAUUCGCAAGAUCUUGGGCUCUUGUACAGGCUGCGGAAGCUUUGCCAAUUUUACUCGGAGUUCCUCUAACUGGUUAUAUGAACGCGAAUAAUCCACGAGUUGGAUAUUAUGCGUGCACAUUGAGUUCCUUGUGUGGUGCUGCACUUUUGUUCCUAGUCGGAUGGGGAAGACAACCGACAUCGCCUCUUGUUGUUGGUCCUAGAAUACCAAAUGUUAGCGGAAUGCCACCACCAUGUGCAUGUCCACCUCCGCCUAGGCCAAGAUUACCCAAAUCUCAAUCUCUUUAUGUCCCUCUGGACGUUGAGCAUAAUUAUCGAGAACAUUAUCCACAACGUGCAAUGAACCCUGAACGUUAUUGUCAUGCUCAAUGUCACACAAAUCUCAGGCCAAGUAAAAGCGUUCCCGAGGGUCUUGAGAAUCACAAUAAUAGUUUACGACGUCCGAGACGUCAUCGGGACGUGACCGUCAUCGAACAAAUUACGACUAGUGUGUAAAAUUAUACAUAUACAUAUAGAGAGCGAAAAAAAAUCUACAACCAAUAUAUCAAUCGAUAAUCACACUCAUUUUGUGAAAAAAAAUCGUUUUUUAAACUCAAAAUUCACGCGAUGAUUAAACAAAAAAAAAAACUAAAAUUAAAUAUUGUCCAAAUGUAAUUUGGACUUGGUGAACAAAAAAUACUGCCCGAAUUUCAAUCUUAAAAGCGGUAAGCACUUUUAUUUGAUUUAAAAAAAUAUCGUUUAAUUAUAUUAAUAAAAAAAAAUGUAAAGAGAAAUAACUAAUUAUUUUUCUUUAUAUUUGUUUAUGAAUCGUAUUUUAUAAAUGAACAUAUAUUUUUUCUACUUUCUUCCAUUUGCUUUAAAAAAAUAUUAAACAAAUUUUGAGGCAUUAUUAUAAUUUAAAAAAAAAUGUUAUAAACAAAAUAUUUUCGUCAAACAAGUAUCUGAUAAUUUUUAUUCUUUUUUUGAAGAGAAAAAAAAGUUCACAAAUUUUUAUGAAUUGUUCCACAAUACUGUGAUAAUCCAUAAAACACAUAUGUACUUGAAAAAUAAUAAUUUAAAAAAAUAAUAGUUAACAUAGUUUUUUCAAUAAUUAUCUCUGAGUAAAAUAACAUUUUUAGUUUAAUUUCUGUUUUUAGAAAUUAUUUUUUAUAAUCAUCAAAUGCAUAUAAAAAUAUUUAAAUUAGAGGGGAAAGUCAGUACGGUCAGACCAUCUUUACCUGUUGGGUCAGUACUGCGUUUAAAGCCCUUUCACAUUAGGGCCAUCUACCUUUGCAUGCAAAUACUUAUAAGCGAUGGUAAUAAACUUUUCGCGUCACUUUUAUCAAGUCUCAGUGAAAUGCGCAAUUUGUACACACGUGUUUUGUAAAAGUGCGCUAAAGAUUAAAAGGAAAACUUUUUUGUGGUGUAUGAAAAAGUUAAUUGAACAAAAGAAAAAGAUGCAAACAAUAAAGUAAGUUGUCUAAGUUUGUUCGUUAGAGUGUUGUUUGAAAUUUUGAGUAAUAAAAAAGUAAAACGACGUAAUAGUGACAGUUGGGCCAAUAAAUAUAGUGUUGGUUGGGCCACUUAAAAUUUUGCAAUUAUGAUACAUCCUGACAUCAUAAAUUCAUUUUUCGACGUAGAAAUGUGUCAAAAACGUCAUUUACCAUAACGCAUUAUAAACGUUUCGUGUUCUGAAAACAUUUUAGGGGCGUUCAUUAAUUUAAAUGUGAUUUUUUUUGAAAUUUGCACCCCCUCCCCUUUUGUGAGAUUUUUGGGACCCCCCUCUCUCCCCCUUUCUUGAGACGCUUUUAAUAAUUUAUCAUAACAUAACACUGAUUUUGUGCGGUGGCCCAACCGUGAAGCCCUAAUCCGACCGUAACGAAAAAAUUUAUUUUUUUGAAAUGACUAUAACUUUUACACUUUUGGUCCAAUCAUUUUCUGUUGUUCAGAGAAAAUGUUGCACUUAAUAAGAGCUUUCCAACCAUACGUGAGAAAAUCCGAAAUUCGGUUUAGAACGGAAAUUAUGGCCACAAGUCGAAACGUAACCUAACCGUACUGACUCUCCCCUAUAUAACAGGAUAAAUUUUUAACAGCUUAUAAAUCCCGCACAAUUAGAAGAUUUUUUUUUUAUCUUGCAAGAGUUUUUAAAAAAUAUGUUUGGUAUCUCAAAAGACUUUGGGACCCAACUUUUUAACUAUAGUAAAAUUGAAUUAAUAAACCAAAAAAAAAUAAUUAAAAUUGUAAGGGAACAAUUUUUUACUAGUUUUUAAUUACAAAGUUUCAUUAAAUUGAAUUUGUAAAAUUUGAAAAACUAUGUAAAUUAUUUAUAUAUGAAUGUUAGAGUAAAUUGUCAAAUUUACGACAAUUAUAAUCAAUACUCUCAAAUUUUUGAGAAUUAUAAAAAGUAUAUACGUCACGUUAAUAUUAAUAUACUAAUUACUAAUAAUAAAUUAUAAUAUUAUUUUUCAUAUACAUAUUUAUAUAAUUGUUGCAUUUUAAUUUUUAGCAUAUAGUUUAUUUAAAAAGAAAAUAAUGUGUAGUAAUGGAAUAUAUGUGAGUGUAUAAAUGAGAAAAAAAACACUUUUUUUAAAAAAAGGGUGCGUGAGAAAUGAAAUUUUCAUAAUCGAAGAAAGUUGUAUAUUUAAAGUUAAUAAUAUUCUAGUCCUAAUUUAAUUGUUAAAAAAAUAUAAAUAUAUACGAAUUACGUAUCAAAAAAAAAAUAUUCAUGAAAAAUAAGAUGUGAUAAAACUUAAAUUGUAAUAAGAUUUUCACACAAAUAAAACGAAUUUUUUUGUUUUUAAUCACAAAAAAAGAUUUCAAUAGCAAAUAUUAUUUUUCAAAACUGUUAUUUGUGUCUUGGUUAAAAAAAAUUAUCUAUAAUAAAUGUUGCAAUUGAGAUAGAAAUUCGCAAAAAUUUUAUACAAUUGUUACCGUAGAAGUCAAAAAUAAUCAAUUGAUCUUGUAGGUUUUAUCAAACAAUACUCAUAUAUAGGAUUACGUUUAUAUAAAAAAAAUAAAGAUUUUAAAGAUUGCCACUUCUAUACAUUCAAACAUAAUUCCAUGCAAUAAUUAAAAAAAAUACAAUGUAAAUUCAAAAAUGUAUAUAAAAAUAAUGUUAAAAUCUAUCAGUAAAAUAAUUAUACAAUUUAGAAAAAAAAUAUUUAUCGAAAUGAACUAAAAAAUAUUUAUAAGAUAUAGAAGGGAGGUUGAGAUUAAAAUUUUAAUUUGGUUAGAAGAAUAUCCAAUUUACAUUGAAAAUAAUGCUAUUCAAUCUACAGAAAUCGGUAAAAAAGAAAAUCAAAUUUUUAAGGUAUUAUACCGACUAUUGUCAGUAUAGAAACCUACAUUACCAUCGGCUAAUAAAUCGGACUUUAAACUCAUAAUAUAAGAAUCUGCAUUGCCAUUAAUCGUAAAGAAAUUAAAUAUGCUUGCCAUAGAUUUAAUAGCAUUUUUCUAUCUCAGUGAUACUUCGCACCAUAAAAUGUAUCACAAAAAUUUAAAAAAAAACUUAAGUGCUUCCUGUUGUUUUAAAUAUACUUUAAUAUUGAAAAUUAAUUCUGAAAAAGUAUUUCAGAAAAUCAAUAUCAUAUUAUACUGCAUUAAUUAAUGUUCUUAUUAAGAGAUAAACCACGUAAUCUCAAAUUAUUUGUUGUUUUAGUCUAGAAAUGAUUUAUGUAAUUAUUUAAACAUUUUAAGAAAUUAUUUUUAACAAUCGCAAACUCUAAAAAA